AUCACAAAAAUCACGAUAAUGAUGAUUACAACUUAAGAAAUUCGAGUUAAUAUUCGUAUUAAAAAGAAUCAUUUUGGAACGGCUUUCAAUGUUUCGUACUCUAUAGUACAGACACUUGGAACCGUGCUCACAGAAUUUCCGUAUUGGUUGUUUACUAGACGCAAUUGUUAAACCAAAAUUUAACGCGAAAAUACCUACCACCUAUUCAACACUCAAUGCAUUAGAACACUGAACAAUGUGGUCCGAUACAUUUCUCAUCGUAUUUAUUUCAAUUUGUACGGCUCUAUUAGGAGAAGGCUUAACAUGGUUAUUAGUAUAUCGAACAGAAAAAUAUCAAAAGCUAAAAGUAGAAAUUGAAAAAUCUAGUAAAAAACUUGAAAAACGUAAAGAAGCUCAUGGAGAUUCUGUCGACAAACAACAAAAGAAAAAGAUUGAACGUGUUGAGGAAAAACUUAAAAUUAAUAAUCGUGAUUUAUCAAUGGUAAAAAUGAAGUCUAUGUUUGCCAUUGGUUUUGCAUUUACAGCAUUAUUGAGCAUGUUCAAUAGCAUAUUUGACGGACGUGUUGUAGCAAGAUUACCUUUUACACCCAUUUCCUGGGUUCAGGGAUUAUCACACAGAAAUUUACCAGGUGAUAAUUACACAGAAUGUUCAUUUAUUUUCCUGUAUAUAUUGUGUACCAUGUCAAUUCGUCAAAAUAUUCAAAAACUAUUAGGAUUUGCUCCAUCAAGAAUGGCUAAUAAACAAAGUGGUGGCUUAUUUGGACCGCAACCUCAACAAUUUAAAUAAAUUUAUUUGAACAUAAAAAAUUAGUAUUAAUAUAAAAGACCAAUUUAUGUUUUUUUUUUUUUUUUGUGUUACAAAAAAAAUAAUGAAAUUAUAUUUGUACUUUUAUAAGUUUUUGUAAGAUGUUAUAUGAUAUUAUUAGCUAAAUGCAACUAAAUGAUAUAUAAUUUCAUAUUUGAUAUUUAAAUAUCAAAAAUUAAAAUAUGAAUAUGCAAUAUUUACCAUAAUUUAUUCAUUAUUAAAUUGCAUGUAAAUGUUA